GAUACAAGAGACUAAAAAGACUAAAGAGAUCCAGACUCACCGCAUCGACUCCAUUCUAUCCAACUCUUACUUCUUUCUUCAAUUGAUCAUCCUAGAAGGGGCAGCAGAGAGACCGCCCGUAUCCGCUCCGGACCCAAUUCUCUUCUCUUCUCUUUCUCUUUCUCUUUCUUCCUCCUAUUCUUCUUCUUCUUCUUCUUCUUCCUCCUUUCAUUUCUCGCUCCCAACCACCAAGAGGGGUCGACUGCUUUCUCAUAAUAAUCCCAACGCCACUUCCUCCAUAACCAGCUUUUCUUUUUCUUUUUCUUUUUCUUUUCUUGAUUGUCUGUCUUGUUGGAUUCUAUUCCCUUAUUUUAUUAUCCUUCCUUAUGCCUACGUUAGGAGGUCUGUUGAAAAAACGGCGGACCAAGGAUUCGCAGUCCCUCUCCAAAGAGUUGGAAGCCGGUUCCUCCUCUCCCCCCGCGGCGACGUCACCAAACCAUCCCCAAUCUCCGCCGCAACAUUCCAACCAGCAACCCACCUCCUCUCAACAACCACAGCCUUCCCAUCCCACCUCGAAUCACCCCGCUCAACCAGCUGCCCCCAUGCAAUCCGCCGCGCCCUUGUCCCCGUCGCCCGCCCACCAGAGCCCGGCGCUGCAGCCCCAGUCUCAGCACCCCAAUGCCAAUGCCAAUGCCAAUGCCGCCAGCAUCCAGAAUAUCAUCCAUCCCUCGCACCAGACCUCCUCCCAUCCCACCAACGCCCACGGCGCCCACCAGCAGACCCCCGCCGGUGCUCAGGGGCAAAAUGCCCCGCAGCAGCAGACCGCCCGCUCCACCAAGGGGAAAUACUCUCUCGAGGACUUUACCCUGCAGCGCACCCUGGGCACCGGGAGCUUCGGUCGGGUCCACCUCGUGCAGUCCAAGCACAAUCAUCGCUUCUAUGCGAUCAAGGUCCUGAAGAAGGCCCAGGUGGUCAAGAUGAAGCAGAUCGAACAUACCAAUGACGAACGUCGCAUGCUCAGUCGCGUCCGACACCCCUUCCUCGUCACCCUGUGGGGCACCUGGCAGGAUGCUCGCAAUCUCUACAUGGUCAUGGAUUUCGUCGAGGGUGGUGAGCUCUUCAGUCUGUUGCGCAAAUCGCAACGCUUCCCCAACCCCGUGGCCAAGUUCUACGCCGCCGAGGUCACCCUCGCGCUGGAUUACCUCCACUCGCAGCAGAUCAUCUACCGCGAUCUCAAACCGGAGAAUCUGCUCCUCGAUCGACAUGGUCACCUGAAGAUCACCGACUUUGGCUUCGCCAAAGAGGUGCCCGAUAUCACCUGGACGCUCUGCGGUACCCCCGAUUAUCUGGCCCCCGAGGUCGUCUCGUCCAAGGGAUACAACAAAUCAGUGGACUGGUGGUCCUUGGGCAUCCUGAUCUUCGAGAUGCUGUGCGGGUUCACCCCGUUCUGGGACAGCGGGUCCCCCGUCAAGAUCUACGAGAACAUCCUGCGCGGCCGGGUAAAAUACCCGCCCUACCUCAACCCCGACGCCGUCGACCUGCUCUCGCAGCUCAUCACCGCCGACCUGACCAAACGGUUGGGGAACCUGCACGGCGGGUCCGAGGACAUCAAGACGCACCCGUGGUUUGCCGAGGUGACCUGGGAUCGGCUGGCCCGGAAGGACAUCGACGCUCCCUACGUGCCGCCCAUCCGGGGCGGUCAGGGUGAUGCCAGCCAGUAUGACCGAUAUCCAGAGGAGACUGAAUCAUAUGGUCACUCGGGUGAAGAUGCACACGGCCAUUUGUUCCCCGACUUUUAAACCACGUACUAUGAGUGACGACGUAUAGAACGAGGUUGUAGUCUACACGGCAGUUCAAAUGACUUUCAUUAU